AUGACAGAGGCAGCACUCCUUGCUCUCUCGAAGAUUGGGUCCUAUUUAGGAGGUGAAGCAGCUACCUUCAUUGCAACCAAAUUUUCUAAUUUGAUCGAGCUACCAAACACUGUGCGGCGUAUUCGUUGGGAACUUCUGAUGAUGAACAUCUUUAUACGGAAGACAGUCCAUGAGCUUCUUCCUACUCAAGUUAGCAGUCCUGAACAGCAAUUCCCUCAAUACAGUUUGCCCCAACAUGUAAAGGAUGAAAACCUAGUGGGGUUAAAGGAAGAAAGAGAGCAAUCAAAGGAAUGGUUGAUUCCCAAUGCACCUGUCAACAUGAAAUAUAUACCAGCUCUCAAGGUGGUAGCUUUGUUGGGUAUGGGUGGGAUGGGAAAGACCACCCUGCUCACUAGUGUGUAUGAUAAACAGAAAGAUAUCUUCGAAAUCCAUGCUUGGCUCACUGUCUCACAAACAUACAGAAGUGUAGAUGCUUUGCUGAAGAAGCUACUAAAGAUUGUUAGUGCCUCUGAGCACACAACAGCAGCUCAUGUUAACAGUGUCAAUCAGAAGGAAGCAACUAUAGAAUCACACGAGCGAUGGCUUCCGACCUCUCCUCUCCUGACGUCCUGCCUCCCCCCAGCCCCUCGCUGGCGCCCGCCCCGGGUCCGGCGACCACCUCCACGACUGCCAGCGCUCCUUCCUCCUCUCCUCAGGCGUCGGUUUCCACCUCCCACCUUGUCCCCUCACGCGGCGUCGUUCGUCCCUCGUGGCCGCUCCAAGCGGGAGCGGUGGAACGACAAUUACCCGUCGGCGUCAAGUUCCGAUGGUUCCCCUCGCUCCUACCGCGAUAUCGUGCUGUCCUCCACGGGACCUGCAUCCUCGGCGGCGUCAGCGGCGGCUGGCGCGCCCAAGGCGGUUGGGGCGUCCGCGGCGGCUGCUGCGCAGCGGGGCGCGGCGGUUGGUGCUUCUAGAGGCCCUACGGCGGUUCUCCAGAGGGCCCCUCCUCCUCGGCGCCAUGCCUACGCCCAGCCCCGUCGUGCCGCAGCUCCCGAUGCAGAGGGAUGGCAAAAGUUCGAGUCCCGCGCCGCCCGACGCCGACGGCGGCGCGUGGUUCGCCCCCGUCGUCAAGUUCCGGCCGAUCUCGCUGGUGCAGGCUUGGCCACUGAAGAAAAUCCCCCAAGGUCGCCGGCUGCUCUUGGCUCCCCAUGGACCUCUCCCCCACCGGAGUUCAGGUCUCUGGGUUCGCCUCCGGGUUUGGGCAAACGCUCUGCGAACCCGCUACAAGUCUACUCGCGUCGCCGCUCUCGCCCGCGCGGGGCUGCUCUUCCUGAGAGCUCCACGUUGGCGCCGACGAUAGAGCUGGAGGCCGAGGUCUCCCCCAAAUCUCCGUGUAUACCGGCGGGGGAUGUGGCAGCUCCGGCUCCGUCCCCAGCCGCGACGCCUUUGAACCACGACACCUUCAUCAGCAAGCUCUCCCGCCGGACAGCAGGCCUGCUGCCAGUCCCCACCAUCAGCAAACGUCGCGCAAAAGCUCUGCCACCUGGUGAGACUCCACGGCGUAGUCGACGUCUUGUGGGGGCAGUGGCUGAGUUCCAACCGGUGGACUGGGCAAGGAGGUCGAAAAAGAAGGUUAUGCGCUCCCUGGAAAUCAUUAGUGAGCAGAAUGGUGUCUGUCAGCAGGCUGAAGAGGAGUAUUGUAAGCUUUUUGAAAACCCACUUCCUGACAUCCAUCUGAUUGGUUUGGCUGCCCUGUUCAACUGGUCCAUCCCCGAGUUCUGUGAGGACGAUGAUCAAGUUGCUAAAAUUUUAAUUUGGAAUGUAAGGGGCCUCAAUUCUACAGCAAGGCAAGAUUCUCUCCGCACUCUUGUGGAAGCUUCCCGGUCAGAUAUUGUGUGCAUCCAGGAAACAAAAAUCUCUACGUCAGCCAGGCGAGUGAUUCUGUCUGCUCUGGGGACUGAUUUCUCAGAGUUUGCUGAGCUCCCCUCUGUAGGUGCUAGCGGUGGUAUUCUUGUUGCUUGGCGUCAUCAUCUUGGUACUGCAGGGGCCUGCCAUGUGAAUAACAACAGCGUAACUGUUCAACUAUGCCCGGUUAAUGGUGUUUCCUGGUGGUUAACCUGUGUGUAUGGUCCUCAGGGCAUGGAUGAGAAAAUCCAGUUUCUACUGGAGCUGAGAGAUAUCAGAGGGGGCUGUCCUGAUCCAUGGGUUCUUGUUGGCGAUUUCAACUUGAUUUACAAAGAGGAAGACAAGAAUAAUGAUAACUAUAACCGAGCAAUGAUGGGUCGUUUCAGACGUUUAAUUAAUGAUCUUGCUAUCAAGGAAAUUCCUCUUCAUGGUCGGAAGUAUACAUGGUCAAAUCAGCAAAAUAAUCCUACUUUGGUAAAGCUGGACAGGGUGUUUUGUUCAGUGGACUGGGAGGAUCUUUUCCCAAACUGUCUGCUGCAAAGCGUGGCUUCGGAGGACUCAGACCAUUGCCCUCUUUUGCUUGGACUUCAGGAUAAUAAAUCAGGUCGCAGACGCUUUCAUUUUGAAGUUUUUUGGCCUAAGCUUGAGGGGUUUCAGGAAACUAUAGCAGCUGCUUGGGCCUCAGUGCCGGCUGGUCCUUGUCCUUUCUCCACCUUGAACCUCAAGUUCAAAGCUGCCACUAAAGCUUUACAGAGUUGGAGUGAUAAAUCAGUGGGUCACGUUAAUUCUCAGCUAGCCCUUGCUCGUGAAAUCCUCCAUCAGCUGGAGAUCGCCCAGGACAGUCGCACCCUCUCACCAAGAGAAGACUGGCUGAAAAACAAUCUUAAGAAGCAUUGCCUUGCUCUUGCAUCCCUCAAGCGGACAAUUGCCCGUCUUCGCUCAAGAAUUGAUUGGGUACGCGAUGGGGACGCCAACACAAAGUUUUUCCAACUCCAUGCCCGUCACCGCAAGAGGAAGAACUUCAUAGGCAAGCUGGUUUCAGGUGACCAGAUCUACACCAAACAUGAAGACAAAGCAAGAUUGUUAGAUGAAUUCUAUGAGGGCUUGCUUGGGACAAGCCUGGACAGAGCGCGUACUAUCAACCUUGAUGCGCUUGGGAUCCUCUCCCAUGAUUUGGCUGAUCUUGAGCUCCCUUUUACUGAAGAAGAGGUGUGGAAAACAAUCAAGCAACUGCCUCCGGACAAAGCGCCCGGUCCAGAUGGUUUUACUGGCAGAUUUUACAAGGCUUGCUGGCAGGUUAUAAAGAAAGAUAUUAUGGCUGCAGUUUCUGCUGUAUGGAGUAGGAUAUUUGCUGGUUUUGAGGGCUUGUCACUAUCAGCAUUCCCAUCAGAGCUUCAGAAUCUAGCUACUCUUAUUGUAAAACAGUCUGAGGAUUUACCUCUGGUAAAGUGUCCAUCAGAGCUUCAGGAGAUUACUAUCGAUAUUGUAAAGAAAUGUAGGGGUUUGCCGCUGGCUAUUGUAUCAGUAGGCAGUAGGUUGUCUUCAAGGAAGCAAAUAGUGCCAGUUUGGAGGCAGAUGUGCAAUGAGCUUCCUUGUGAGCUGGAAAAAGAUGACCAGGUUCAACGAAUUAUAAAUCUUAGCUACUAUGACUUGCCAAGUGACCUUCGAAACUGCUUCGUAUACUGCAGCCUGUUUCCAGAAGAUUACCACUUCUCAAAGGAUGACCUUGUGCGACUGUGGGUUGCUGAAGGAUUUGUUGAAAAGAAAGGGGAUAGCACUCUUGAGGAGGUAGCAGAGGGCUAUCUUUCCGAGCUGAUCCACCGCAAUAUGCUGCAACUUGUGGAAAAUGAUGAGCUUGGCAGGGUGAAUACAUGCAAAAUGCAUGACAUUUUAAGAGAGUUGGCCCUUUGCAUCUCUAAAGCAGAAAUAUUUGGUACAGUAAAUGAUUUUGGUGCAAUGGUGCAGAUGGACACAGAUGUUCGUCGCAUAUCUUCAUAUGGAUGGAAGAAGACGAAAAAGAAUAAAUCCAAGAUGAAAUUUCCGCACCUCCGAACUCUGAUGGCAAGUGAUACCAUUGUGGACUAUGUGCCAUCAAUACUAUCUAAAUCAAAGUACCUUACUGUCCUUGAGCUGCAGAACUCUGAUUUCCAGGAACUGCCUACAUCUAUAGGAAAUCUGUUUAAUCUGAAAUACAUUGGCCUAAGAAAUACAAGAAUAACAUCGCUGCCAGACUCCAUUAAGAAUCUCUGCAAUCUUCAAACUCUUGAUGUGAAAUCAACUAGCAUAAAAGCACUGCCACCUGGUAUAGUGAAGCUCACUAAGCUAAGGCACCUUCUUGCUGACAAAUUUGCUGAUAAGAACCAGUCAGAGUUUCGGUACUUCAUCGGAGUGGAAGCUCCGGAAGGGCUUUCGAACCUUGAAGAUUUACAGACUCUUGAGACUGUGCAAGCAAGCAUGGACUUGCCGGAGCAACUUGAUAAGCUUUUGCAUCUAAGAAGCCUGUGGAUAGAUAACAUCACUUCUGCGGUUCUGCCCACUGUGGAGGGCUUUUUGCUACCUUGUCAACUAUUCUACUUCUUUCCAGUUUGCUUCUAUCUGCAGCUGAUGAAAAUGAGACACUUCUCUUGA